CACCACCUUCCACCAUGGCUGCUUCCGAGGAGUAUACAGACACCAUGAACUUAAAGGUCGCAGAGCUAAUGAAGGAAGUCCAGCUCGAUUACUCCUCUGCAACUGCUAAAACCAUUGAUGAUGCUGUAUCAUCUAUCAAAGAAUGCGUCAAUAAAAUUCCUGAAGAUAUAAAGGUUACGGCGGAUUUGGCACCGAAAUUUAUUAGAGAUAUCGGUGCAGACAAAGUUGAGUUCAAGUUCAAACGACCUAAGUCGAUUCAAAUUGGUGGAAGUUAUUCGUUUCAAUGUGCCGUGAAACCUGAUGUAAAUGUUGAUCUUUACGUUCGGUUGCCGAAGGAGUGCUUCCAUGAGAAAGACUUUUUGAAUCAUCGAUACCAUGGCAAAAGAUGCCUGUAUCUCUGCAUAAUCAAGAAGUAUUUGGAGUCUUCUUCUGUAGCAAAAAAAGUAGAAUGGUCCUUCUUUCAGAACGAGGCCAGGAAACCUAUUCUUGUUGUAUAUCCUGUUGUGAAGUCUGCUGGGCUUCCAGGGUUUGCUAUUAGGUUGAUUCCAACAGCAGAUUCCCUUUUCAAUGUCCAAAAGUUGAAUAUGGAGCGCAACAAUCUUCAUGUUUUGAGUCAAGGUGUUUCUCAAGCUACCCCUGUGUACAACAACAGUUUGUUAGAGGACAUGUAUAUGGAGAAUGGUGCAGAAUUUGUCAGAAAGGCUUUUAGUGGAUGGAAGGCCUUGGGAGAGGCUUUAAUUUUGCUGAAAGUGUGGGCUCGACAGAGAAGUUCUCUACACACUUGUGACUCCUUAAAUGGGUACCUUAUCUCAAUCAUAAUGGCAUACCUUGCCUCUGAAUCUGGUAAAGCUCGCAUUAACACAACAAUGACGGCAAUGCAGAUUUUUCGUCUUACUUUGGACUUUAUGGCCACCUCUAAGCUAUGGGGAAGUGGGAUAUUUUUCAAGCCUCAAGGAGGAAGCGAUAUGUCUAAGGAGGAAAGGAAGAGAUAUGUACAGUAUUUUCCGGCAGUUAUAUGUGAUUUAUCAGCUCAUUUCAAUGUAGCAUACCGCAUGACAAAGAGUGGUUUGAUUGAGCUUCAAGACGAGGCUGCUUUGGCACUCAGGUGUAUUGAUAAAUGUAAAGAGGGGGGGUUUGUUGAGCUAUUUAUGACCAAGAUUGAUUUUCCUGCUAAGUUUGACUAUUGCAUGAGGUUGAACUUGAAGAGGAAGGCUGAAGUUUCUGCACAAGGGUUAUGUUUGGAUAAUGAGUGUUGGAGACUGUAUGAAAAGAAGGUGCAUUCUUUGCUUCAGGAAGGCUUAGGAGACAGAGCAAAGUUUGUACGUGUAACCUGGGGGAACGCAACAUCCACAUGCGAUAUCAAUCAUGGUCUGACAGUGCUCGACAAAGAGCCACUAAUGGUUGGAGUUUCUGUCAACUUGCCAGAAGCCUUUGACGAGUAUACGAGGGGUCCCUUUUUUGGGAAUAAAGAAGAGGGUCUGAAGUUCCGAAAGUUUUGGGGAAACAAGGCAGAGUUGUACCAAUUUAAAAGUGGUACCAGGGAAUGUGUUUUUUGGGAAUGCAAGCCUGCAAAGAGAUAUCUUAUUAUAAAAUGGGUCACUGAGUAUGUGCUUAAGCGGCAUCUAUCAUUGGCAGAGGAAACUAUCAUGCAUGCUGUUGAUCAACUUGAUUUUUCAUUGGUUCAUGAUGGUGGAGAUCUGGCUUCUGAUGGAAGUUUGCUCGAAAGUUUUGGUACUCUGUCUAAGCGUUUACGUCUUCUCAGUGACGUUCCUUUGGGAGUCUCCAGUGUACAGCCUCUGGACUCAGCUUUCCGACACACAUCUGUCUUUCCUCCAAGACCUCAUCCCUGUGCUAAUGGAACUAAAGUUGGAAAUAGAAUCAGACCAACCUGUAUACAGCCGCUGGAAAUUAUGAUUCAGUUGGAAGGUUCGGGGAACUGGCCGAUGGAUGAUCUAGCAAUUGAGAAAACUAAAUCUGCUUUUCUGCUAAGAAUUGGAGAAUGCCUUCAGAAGGAUUACGGGAUGAAAUAUUGUCCGUCAGAGGAAGGUGUGGAUGUUUUCUUGAACGGAUAUGUGUUCCGCUUGAAAAUUUUGCAUGAGAGAGGCCUCGACUUGUUAAAUGGACAACCUGAUAGUUACCAAGUAAAAAGGGUUUCCCCUACAGACAAACAUCUUUUUCUGAGAAGUCAGCAUUCUAGCAUGAUUAAUGGCCUUUCCGGUCGCUAUCCAUUAUAUGGCCCAGUUGUUCAAUUGGCAAAACGAUGGGUUGCUGCACAUCUCUUCUCAGCUUCUUUCACGGAGGAGGCAAUUGAGCUUGUGGUUGCAUCUCUUUUUCAUAACCCCUUGCCAUUUUCUGCUCCUUGUUCACGAAUUGCCGGUUUUACAAGGUUUUUGAGACUACUAUCGGAGCAUGACUGGACAUUUACUCCUUUGAUUGUUGAUAUAAACGAGGAUAUGACGCCAGAUGAUGAAAAGGAAAUUGAUGAAAAAUUUACUUUGAGUAGAAAAGCUUAUGAAGAAGGGACAGGAGGUGUAACGUCUGCCAUGUACUUAGCCACUGCUUAUGAUAAGGCAUCUGAAGCCUGGACUAGCACGUCUCCAAGCGUAUCAGAGGUCAAAAGGUUGGCAGUCUAUGCUAGAAGCAGUUCAAACUUGCUGACUAAACUCAUUAUGCAAGGUCAGCUAGAUUCUUAUGGAUGGGAGUGCAUUUUUCGAACCCCAUUGAACAACUAUGAUGCUGUCAUUCUUCUUCAUAGAGACAAACUCUCUUACCCUCAACGUCUUCUCUUCCCAUCUGAACUCAAUCAUGGGAAGCUUGUGGCACAGGGAAAUGCAAGCAAGAUUUUUCAUCCUUUUUUGUUGCCUAAUGGUGUCACUGGUACCAGAAAGGAUCUUGAAGAUCAGUUAUAUAUCAACUUCGAUCCAUUGAUGUGCUAUGUUAAACGUUUGGAGAAUGCUUAUCCCAACAGGUUCAAGUUGUGGUAUGAUUCUUUAGGAGGUGAUGCAAUUGGACUUACAUGGGAAAAAGAGAACUUGAAGAAAAGGAGACGAGAAGAUGUAAAGAAAAACGUGAAGAUUACUUUGAGAGAUGUGGGUGAAGUUGGAAAAGGAUUUGUGAAGAGCAUUUAUUUGCUGAAGGCGCCAAGGCUUGCAGAUUAAGAGAAUACUACCCAUUCAAUGUUGUACCAUUUCUACUGCCUACGCUACCCCAGUUUUGAAGUGUUGAAGGGGAAAAGCUUAAGACUUUUAUUUAUUGAUCUGUAAAUUUUUUUUGUAUUCCAGGUUUUGAGGCGGUUUUUAGGAAAUUUUACGUCUAGGAACACGACAAUUAUAAGUAAUGUUGAAAUUAUGUUUGUUCGGUUUCAUGCCAAGUUUUAGGGGUCUUUUUCACUAACACAAG